AUGUGGCUCGUCUUGAUUCUGCUGAGUGGCCUUGGCAGGCUUAGCGAACCCCUAACAAAAGGCACUCACAAGAGAUUACACGUGCAAGUCACGGUACCAGAGAAAAUCCGGUCCGUCACAAGCGGAGGCUACGAAUCACACGUGGUCUACAAUCUCACAAUUGAGGGGAAAACAUACACUCUGAACCUAACGCAAAAAGCGUUCUUGCCUCCCAACUUUAGAGUUUACAGUUAUGACAACGCAGGAAUCAUGAAGCCUCUUGAUCAGCAUUUUAAGAAUAUCUGCUACUUCCAGGGAUCCGUCGAAGGCUAUCCAAAUUCUCUGGUGAUUGUUAGCACGUGUACUGGACUCAGGGGCUUUCUUCAGUUUGGAAAUGCUAGCUAUGGAAUCGAACCCCUGGAGUCUUCCAUUGGCUUUGAGCACGUGAUCUAUCAAGUGGAACCUAGGAAAGGGGACUCAUUACUCUACACUGAGAAGGGUGAUGACCUAAGGAGCCUUCAGUAUAAGAUACGAAGCGUCAAGCCACUGAAAGUUUUCACUCACUAUCUGGAAAUACAUGUUAUAGUUGAGAAGCAAAUGUAUGAUCAUAUCGGGGCUGAUUCAACCAUUGUCACUCAAAAGAUUUUCCAGUUGGUUGGACUGGCAAAUGCUAUCUUUGCCCCCUUUAAUCUUACAGUAAUUCUGACUUCCCUGGAGUUUUGGAUGGAUGAAAACAAAAUCUCGACCACUGGCGAUGCUAACCAGUUGCUCCACAGGUUCCUGAAGUGGAAGAAGGCUUACCUUGUUCUGCGUCCCCAUGACAUGGCCUUCUUACUCGUCUACAGAGAGAAUUCUGAUUACGUCGGCGCCACCUUUCAAGGGAAGAUGUGUGACAAGAGCUAUGCAGGGGCCGUUGCUCUGCACCCCAAAGCCGUAACUCUGGAAUCACUUGCAAUUGUUUUAGUUCAGCUACUGAGCCUGAGCAUGGGGGUAGCGUACGACGACCCGAGCAAGUGCAAGUGCGGAGCAGGCGUCUGCGUGAUGAACCCGGAAGCGAUUCAUUCCAGCGGUGUAAGGACCUUCAGUGACUGCAGCAUAGAGGAUUUUUCUAAGUUUAUCUCAAGUCCAAACUCCCAUUGUCUUCAGAACCAGCCGAAGCUACAGCCAUCUUACAAGGCGCCCGUCUGUGGGAACGGAAAGUUGGAAGGAGAUGAAGUUUGCGACUGUGGAGGAGACAAGGGCUGUGAACAGAACCCAUGCUGUAACCCUACCACCUGUGGGCUGUCCGUCGGUUCAGACUGUGCUUCGGGGCCAUGCUGUCAGGACUGUAAAUUCAAGAACAAAGGGGAGGACUGCAGACCUACCAGCGACGAGUGCGACGUCCCGGAGUACUGCAACGGCACGUCCGCAGUGUGUGAGGAGGACUUCUUCGUCCAGAACGGGCAUCCGUGUGGAAACAAUAAGUGGCUUUGCAUUAACGGCACGUGUCAGAGUGGAGCGAAACAAUGCCGGGAAUUAUUUGGCAGCGAUGCCGACUUUGGUACAGAUGAAUGCUACAAAGAGCUGAAUUCCAAGACUGACAUAUCUGGGAACUGUGGGAUCAGCACUACCGGGUACACGGCCUGCAGACCUACUGACCUGAGGUGUGGGAAAUUAAUAUGUAGAUAUGGAAGUGAAAAUAUCAUUAAAAUAAGAUCUGCCACUGUUAUUUAUGCCAAUAUAAGUGGGGCAAUCUGCAUCUCCCUGGAAUAUACCAAAGGUCAUGAAGAGAGUCCGAUGAUGUGGGUGAGAGAUGGAACUGUCUGCAGCGCAAAAAAGGUUUGCAUGAAUAAAGAAUGUAUAGAGGACACGUUCUUGCAAUAUGAUUGCACCCCAGAAAAAUGCAACAAUCACGGUGUGUGUAAUAACAAGAAAAACUGCCACUGUAACCCCACAUACUUACCGCCAGACUGUACAAAAACGCAAGAUUCCUGGCCCGGUGGAAGCGUUGAUAGUGGCAAUCAAGAGCGAGCCCAGCCAAUCCCCGUACGGCCCUCCAUCGCAAGUGCUUACAGCUCCAAAUCUACACGGUGGCCAUUUUUCUUGAUCAUCCCCUUCUACGUCUUGAUCUGCGUCCUGAUCGCCAUGCUGAUAAAACUUCAUUCCCAAAGGAAAAAAUGGAGAACCGAUGACUUCUCGAGCGAUGAGCAAUUUGAAAGUGAAACUGAAUCCAAAGAGUAGUCUGGACAGCAAAGAUUCCAGUGUCAAGAGUAAUUCGUUUCAGUGGACAGAAAAACAGUGGAAAAGAAAAAAAUAUGCAUUACCUGAUUGCCUUGGAAGUCAAGCCUGCAUAUUGUGGUUUCCAUCUGGCCAGAAAUCGUAUCUCUCCAUACACAUGUAUGAUACAUAUAUGUGCAUAUAAUUCCAUAAAUGAUUUGCUUGUAAGAAAUGUAUGAUUAUGAAUUUUGUACUAUACUUUGAUAUUUUACCUAUUUCUGGUAGCCAGAAGGCAUGAAUUGUAUUAUCUAGUAGGCACAUUACACAAAAGGUUAUAAAAUAAA